CGGCGUUGUAAAGUCACCGCAAUCGCAAGAGUACCGUGAAGUUCAUUCAAGUAUCUACGGUACAUCGAGUGCGUUAGUGAUAACAUCCGAUUUAUAAUGUCGGAUUAACGACGGGCCCGCUGGUAACAGGAUCCGCCAAAUACCGAUAACCAAGAAUGUCUUCGCCAGUUCGACCUGAAUUAACCCCGCCAGCAUGGCCAGGUCUUACAUCUCAAAUCACGUCUCGUCUGUUGAAUGUCAAUGAUCUACAAAUGCAUAUUUUAGAAGUUGUUCCCGCGCAGCAGAUACAUGGGACUCCGCAACACACCAAUCAAGCUAACAAACAUCCUUUGAUUCUACUCUUGCAUGGCUUCCCCGAACUUGCUUACUCUUGGCGAAAGGUCAUGGUGUCUCUUUCAGAAAAGCAUGAAGGAUAUCAUGUUGUUGCUCCAGACAUGCGUGGCUUCGGACGAACAAUUAUAUCUAUUGCACCAUUCCACAUUCUUAGCAUUGUCGCAGAUAUACGGUCGCUUGUCGAAGCUCUGGGUUAUGGGUCCGUAGCUUUGCUGGUUGGGCAUGACUUUGGCUCGCUUGUGGCUGGACACUGUGCGGUUGCUUACCCAAAAUUAGUGAAGUCUGUUGUGUUUAUGAGCGCACCAUUCACUGGAGUCGCCGGUAACAUUGGUACUUUGUCACCUUCGACGUCUUCAAGAAGUGGCCCCAGUGCUGAUGACAAUAAAACAUCUGCGCCACCUCCCUCAACCCCCCUUUCCGCUGCUCUUGCAGCACUCGCUCCCCCACGAAAGCACUAUACACAUUAUUUUUCAUCCUGUAAUGCAAAUUCUGACAUGCGCACAUCGCAGGGAGGGUUACACGCCUUUCUUCGUGCAUAUUUCCAUGCAAAGAGUGGUGAUUGGCCUGGGAAUGAUCCGCAUCCUUUGCCAUCUUCGACGUCCUCAACUUCUCCAUUAUCACUUGCGAAAGACCUGCUACACCUUCCAGAGUACUAUGUCAUGCCGUUGCAUGCAAAUAUGCCUGAAGUUGUCGCUCAGAUCGCUACGUCAUUUGUGGACUUGACGAGCCAGGGAUGGCUUUCUGAUGAAGAAAUCUCGGUAUACGCUACCGAGUAUCGGCGUACUGGAUUCCAAGGCGGGUUGAACUACUACCGAAGCAUGGUCGCACCCACAUCGCCCGAAUGGUCCGAUGAAGUAUGUGCACUCAUUGGUCGUCGAGUAGGAGUUCCUGCAGCUUUCAUCGCGGGGUCGAGAGAUUGGAAUAUUUACCAGGUUCCUGGGGCAGAGAAAAAGAUGCGAGAGCUUAUGUUGGGUGCAGAUGAUAGCAGUUUCGUUUUGGUUCCUGAUGCGGGACACUGGGUGCAGCAAGAAGCGCCAGAGGAGGUGGUGAGUGCAAUCGUGAACUUCUUGACAAGAGUGACUACCUCCUCUUGCGGAGAACUUCACGAUUGCAAGCAGUAAAAAGUGGCAAGUGAUUUUCUUGAUUUCUGCUGGUGACCAGCAUGGAGACCAAUCUUUGCUUAUUUUUCUGUACUCAACGGAAGCAAAAGUUACUGUAAUGGAUGAGAUUGUCAUACUGUU